AUGACGGAUCAAUGUGCAGCCAUGGCUGCUGCUAUUUCCAUAGUUUUUCCAACAUCACGCCAUCGUCUUUGCAUAUGGCAUAUUGACACAGAAGCUGAAUUUGAAUUCUAUUGGACUAGGAUGGUGAUUGAUUUUAAGUGUCACAAGAAUACAUGGCUAGGGAAGCUUUAUGACUGUAGGGAGAAGUGGUGUCCAGCUUUCAAUAAGGAUUAUUUUUCUGGGGGUAUUCUAUCUUCACAAAGGAGUGAAACAACUAACCAUUCAAUUUCUAGAAGGUUGUCUAAGACUGCUGGUUUGUGUGAUUUCUACUCAUCGUUUGUCAGUGUUAUUUCUGAGUGGAGAAGUAAAGAAAAUGGUGAAGACUUUCGAUGUGCUCAAGGUGUACCUGCGAUGUUGAUUGACAAUGUGAAACUUCUUUCACAUGCCCGAGAGGUGUAUACAAUUGAAAUCUAUUUUCUGUUUGAGGAACAGUUAAUGAAAGGUAGUGCGUGUCACCAAGAGGUUGUGUUUAAUGAUGGUUGCAAAUUGUUUUCCGAAAUGGGAAUCUUGUGUUGUCAUUGUAUACGCAUACUUGAUAUAAAUUGUGUUGCUAGUAUUCCGGACAAGUACAUUAUGAAAAGAUGGACCAAAAAGGUUGCAGCUGUUAGGAAUGCGAACUUUGAUUCACUGUUUUAUAAUGUUGGUAUUCCUCCUUCAAUUUGGGUUGUUGAGAUUAGUAAGAAGUUUCAAAAAUUGGUUGUUUCAAGUCAAGACAAUAGUGUAGCUAGACAGUUUUGCGAUGAAGCUGUUGAGAAUGCAAAGAAAUUGAUUGAAGCUGAGAAUGGGAAAAUGAAUACUGAAGGGUGUGGUGAUUCAUCUUCAAAUGGUAUUGUUCAAGAUCCUUCAAGCCGGAGAUUGAAAGGUGUGCCUAAUAAAAGGAUGAGUAGUAUUAUUGCAAAGAAGUACACUAUAGCAAGGGGAAGAAGGAGUGCUGCAAACAAGGUUGCUUCAAAUUUAAAGGGUCCCGUUCAAUCACUGGUUUUGGAAAAUAUAUCUGAGAUUGCUGGUGAUGGAUAUCUUGUACAUCCAACUUCUAGUAGUUCGCAGUUUGUUCGGUUUAAUAAGAGUUUAGGUGAGAAUGUAGUUGCAGAAUGA